UUAAUCGAAUUCGAUGUUACAACACUACACAUACGUUAGUGAUUCGUUUAGAUUCUGUAAACAUGGCUGAUGCAGCGGCACGUCAAUUGCAAUACGAGUAUAAAGCCAAUUCAAAUCUUGUAUUACAAGCUGACGUAAGAUUAAUCGAAAGACGAAGUCGUGAUGAAGCAACCGGUGAAGUCAUGUCCCUUGUGGGCAAACUGGAUGGAACGCGAAUGGGAGACAGGGCACAGAGAAGUAAGCCGAGCAAAGUCGAAGAACGUAAAGCCAAACGUCAAAAGCGUGAUGAAGCACAGUAUGAUUUUACCCGAAUGAAAGGUGCAACGUUACUUUCUGAAAGUGUUGAUGAAAUAGUCGCUAUUGUUUAUAGACCAAAAACACAAGAGACGCGACAAACAUACGAAGUAUUGUUGAGUUUUAUUCAAGAAGCAAUUGGUGAUCAGCCACGUGACAUUCUUUGCGGUGCUGCUGAUGAAGUUCUUGCGGUAUUGAAGAAUGAUCGCUUGAAGGAAAAAGAAAAAAAACGUGAAACGGAGUUACUUUUAGGUGGCACAUUGCCUGAAGAACGUUUUGCUCUCCUGGUUAAUUUAGGCAAAAAAAUAACAGAUUUUGGUAAUGAAGAUAAACCAGUUACUAAUGAAGAAAACAUUGAUGAAACUUAUGGUAUUAAUGUACAGUUUGAAGAAAGCAGUGAAGAGGACGAUGAAGAUAUACAUGGAGAAGUAAGAGAAAUUGAUGAUGAUGGUGAUGAAGGAGAAGAAGCUAAUGACAAUCGUGCUAUUCAUGCUGAAAAUCUCGGAGGAACAGAAGAAACUAAGAAAGAAAAAACAUUACAUCCGCUUGAUAUCGAUGCUUAUUGGCUUCAACGACGACUUAGUAGAAUUUACGAUGAUGCUAUGGUAUCACAAGCACGCGCUGCUGAAGUUUUAGCUGUAUUACGUGACGCUGUCGAUGAACGUGACUGUGAGAAUCAACUCGUGCUUCUUCUUGGUUAUGAUUGUUUUGAUUUUAUCAAACAAUUAAAAAAAUAUCGUUACAUGAUUGCUUACUGUACGAUGUUGGCUUCAUCGCAAUCGGAGUCUGAACGACAAAAAAUACGCAAUAAGAUGAAUGAUGACCCUACAUUAGCAAAAAUUUUACGGCAGUUAGAUACUGGUAAAGGAGAUGACGAUGGUGAUGAAACUAUGGAAGCACGAGCACAACGAAAAAGACGUGAAGAGAAUGAAGACACUGGUGGUCCGGGUGGUCAAAUACAGGGAACGAGAAAUACAAUUGAUCUAGAAGAUUUAGCGUUCGCUCAGGGUUCUCAUUUUAUGGCAAACAAGCGUUGCCAAUUGCCGGAUGGAAGUUUUCGAAAACAGCGUAAAGGAUAUGAGGAAGUUCAUGUGCCUGCAUUGAAACCAAAACCAUUUGACGAUAAUGAAAAGUUACAGCCAAUUGAUCAAUUGCCCAAGUAUGUACAACCAGCUUUUGAAGGAUUCAAAACAUUGAAUAGAAUUCAAAGUCGUUUGUAUCACACGGCAUUGGAAAGUGAUGAAAAUUUGUUGCUCUGUGCACCAACAGGUGCUGGUAAAACAAACGUUGCACUUUUAUGUAUGAUGCGAGAAAUUGGCAAACAUAUUAACUCAGAUGGUUCUAUCGAAGCAGAUCAAUUUAAAAUUAUCUACGUAGCACCUAUGCGUUCACUUGUACAGGAAAUGGUAGGUAAUUUCGGUAAACGAUUAGCAAGUUAUAAUCUUACUGUAUCUGAGUUGACUGGUGAUCAUCAGUUGACUCGUGAACAAAUAGCUGCGACCCAAGUUAUCGUUUGUACGCCAGAAAAAUGGGAUAUUAUUACACGCAAAGGUGGUGAAAAAACAUUUACAUCACUUGUAAGACUGGUUAUUAUCGAUGAAAUACAUUUGCUACAUGAUGAACGUGGACCUGUACUUGAGUCACUUGUUGCACGGACAAUUAGAAAUAUCGAGACAACACAGGAAGACGUUCGUCUAGUAGGUCUCUCUGCAACUUUACCCAAUUAUCAAGAUGUAGCACAAUUUUUACGUAUCAAAACUAAAACAGGCUUAUUUUAUUUUGACAACAGUUUUCGACCAGUUGCUUUGGAGCAGCAAUACAUUGGUGUUACAGAAAAAAAAGCGUUAAAACGUUUUCAAGUGAUGAAUGAAAUCGUUUAUGAGAAGACAAUGGACCAUGCAGGAAGAAAUCAAGUAUUGAUUUUUGUACAUUCACGUAAAGAAACUGGUAAAACAGCUCGAGCAAUCAGAGAUAUGUGUCUGGAGAAAGAUACAUUAGGACAGUUCCUUAAAGAAGGUUCAGCUUCGAUGGAAGUACUACGCACUGAGGCAGAACAAGUCAAAAAUCAAGAAUUAAAAGAUUUAUUACCAUAUGGAUUCGCUAUCCAUCAUGCUGGAAUGACUAGAGUCGAUCGUACUCUCGUUGAAGAUUUAUUUGCUGAUCGACAUAUUCAGGUGCUCGUUUCCACUGCUACACUGGCUUGGGGUGUUAACCUUCCAGCCCAUACCGUUAUUAUUAAAGGUACACAGAUAUAUAACCCCGAAAAAGGACGUUGGGUGGAAUUAGGAGCUCUUGAUGUAUUACAGAUGUUGGGUCGUGCCGGUCGACCUCAGUAUGACACUAAAGGUGAGGGAAUCCUCAUUACUAAUCAUAGCGAAUUGCAGUACUAUCUUUCGCUUUUGAAUCAACAAUUACCGAUUGAAUCACAACUCAUAUCUAAAAUGCCAGAUAUGUUGAAUGCUGAGAUUGUCUUAGGUACAAUUCAAAAUAUUCGUGACGCUGUUAGUUGGCUUGGAUACACAUACUUGUACAUCAGAAUGUUACGUUGUCCGAAUUUAUACGGUAUCAGUCAUGAUAAAUUAAAAGACGAUCCACUUCUUGAAUUACAUCGUGCGGAUCUCGUUCAUUCAGCUGCAUUAUCUCUCGAUCGUAGCGGUUUAAUAAAAUACGAUCGGAAAUCUGGUAACUUUCAGUCAACUGAACUUGGUAGAAUCGCUUCUCAUUAUUACUGUACUCAUGAAACAAUGUUGACAUACAAUCAAUUAUUGAAGAAAACACUCUGUGAAAUUGAAUUAUUUAGAGUAUUUUCACUGUCAAGUGAAUUUAAAAAUCUCAAUGUAAGAGAAGAAGAAAAAUUAGAGUUGCAAAAAUUGAUGGAAAGAGUUCCAAUACCAAUUAAAGAAAGUAUUGAAGAACCAAGUGCUAAAGUUAAUGUAUUACUGCAAGCUUAUAUUUCUCAAUUGAAACUUGAGGGAUUUGCUCUUAUGUCAGAUAUGGUUUUCGUUACACAGUCAGCAUCACGUUUGAUGAGAGCUAUUUUUGAAAUUGUCUUAUUUCGUGGAUGGGCACAGCUGGCAGAUAAGUGUUUAGCUUUAUGUAAAAUGAUUGAUCGCAGAAUUUGGCAGUCGAUGUCACCGUUACGGCAAUUUCGUAAAAUGCCCGAAGAGAUAGUCAAAAAAAUUGAAAAAAAAAGUUUCCCAUGGGAACGAUUGUACGAUUUAGGGCCAAAUGAAAUUGGCGAGUUGAUUCGUGUACCAAAACUCGGUAAAACUAUUCACAAGUAUAUACGUCAAUUUCCUAAACUCGAAUUAGCAACACACAUUCAACCUAUUACACGUUCGACUUUGCGUAUUGAGUUGACAAUCACACCAGAUUUUCAGUGGGAUGAAAAAGUUCACGGUGCAUCAGAAGCAUUUUGGAUUCUUGUUGAAGAUGUUGAUUCAGAAGUUAUUUUACAUCAUGAGUAUUUUCUAUUAAAAUCUAAAUACGCAGCUGAUGAUCAUCUUAUUAAAUUUUUUGUACCGGUUUUUGAACCAUUACCACCGCAAUACUUUUUACGUGUCGUAUCAGAUCGUUGGAUUGGUGCCGAGUCACAAUUACCAGUGAGUUUCCGUCAUUUAAUACUACCAGAAAAAAAUUUGCCACCUACGGAAUUACUUGACUUACAACCAUUGCCGAUAACAGCGUUGCGUAACCCUAAAUUUGAAGCCCUGUAUGUGGGUAAAUUUGUUCAAUUCAAUCCGAUACAAACUCAAGUAUUUAAUGCAGUUUAUAAUUCUAAUGAUAACGUUUUUAUUGGUGCACCGACGGGUUCAGGUAAAACUACAAUUGCUGAGUUUGCUAUUUUACGUUUGUUAACGCAAAAUCCUGAUGGACGUUGUGUUUAUAUGGUGACAAAAGAACCACUUGCUGAAUUAGUAUAUGCAGAUUGGAUUGUAAAAUUUAAUCAUCAACUUAAUAGAAAAGUAGUCCUGUUAACUGGCGAGACUGGUACAGAUUUAAAACUGCUUGCUAAAGGACAGAUAAUAAUCACAACUGCUGAUAAGUGGGAUGUACUAUCACGUCGUUGGAAACAACGCAAAAAUGUUCAAAAUAUUCAACUUUUUAUUGUUGAUGAGUUGCAGCUAAUUGGUGGUGAAGAGGGUCCAGUACUUGAAGUAGCUUGUUCACGUGCACGUUACAUAUCAUCACAAUUGGAAAAACCAACGCGUAUAGUUGCUCUGUCAGCAUCACUGGCAGAUGCUAAAGAUGCUGCACAGUGGCUUGGUGCACCCGCUGCUGCGACAUUUAAUUUUCAUCCGUCAGUGCGGCCAAUACCAUUGGAACUUCAUGUGCAAGGUAUAAAUAUCACUCACAAUGCAUCAAGAUUAGCCGCUAUGGCAAAACCUGUAUACAACGCCAUUUUACGACACGCACCACACAAACCGAUCAUCAUAUUUGUUCCAACACGACGACAAGCAAGAUUAACAGCUAUUGACAUUCUUACAUUCGCCGCAGCCGAAGGUCAAUCAUCCAAAUUCUUUCAUGCUGAAGAGUCAGACAUUAAACCAUUCUUAGAUAGGAUGAGUGAUAAGACAUUAAGAGAGACAUUGUCACAAGGUGUUGCUUACUUACACGAAGGACUAUCUCCCGAUGAUCGUCAUCUAGUUGAACAGUUAUUUGAUAGUGGAGCGAUUCAAGUGGCUGUUGUUACACGUGAUUUAUGCUGGGGUUUAUCUAUAAGUUCUCAUUUGGUAGUUGUCAUGGACACACAGUCUUAUAAUGGUAAGACGCAUGCUUAUGAAGAUUAUCCUAUUACUGAUAUACUACAAAUGGUUGCACGUGCUAAUAGACCGUUGGAAGAUGAUGAUGCAAAAUGUGUGUUAUUAUGUCAGAAUUCAAAGAAAGAUUUUUUUAAGAAAUUUCUAAACGAACCACUACCUGUUGAAAGUCACCUUAAUCAUGGUCUUCAUGAUCAUUUUAAUGCAGAAAUUGUUACGAAGACGAUUGAAAAUAAACAAGACGCCGUUGAUUAUUUAACAUGGACAUUUCUUUAUCGGCGUUUAACACAGAACCCCAAUUAUUAUGCACUACAAGGCGUAACGCAUCGUCACUUAUCAGAUUAUUUGUCAGAAUUAGUUGAACAGACUUUGACUGAUCUUGAGCAAGCUAAGUGUGUUGCAGUUGAAGAUGAAAUGGAUACAUUACCUCUUAAUUUAGGAAUGAUUGCUGCUUAUUAUUAUAUUAAUUAUGCGACAAUUGAAUUAUUUAGCCAUUCACUUAAUAGUAAAACUAAAAUUCGGGGUUUGCUUGAAAUAAUAUCCUCGGCCGCUGAGUAUCAAUCCGUUCCUGUAAGACAACAUGAAGAAAAUUUAUUAAGAAGUUUAGCCCAACGGUUACCGCAUGCACCUCAAGCCACAAGAAUGGCUGAUCCACAUGUUAAGGCUCAAUUACUUUUGCAAGCUCAUCUAUCACGUAUUCAGUUAGGUCCAGAACUACAAAAAGAUACAGAAUAUGUUUUAAGCAAAGCAAUACGAUUAAUACAAGCGUGUGUAGAUGUUCUAAGUUCUUCGGGAUGGUUAGCGCCGGCUGUUGCUGCUAUGGAGCUUGCACAAAUGGUAACUCAAGCAAUGUGGUCAAAGGAUUCGACUCUCAAACAAUUGCCGCAUUUCACUGCUGAAACAGUUAAGAGGUGUAUGGAGAAGAAGAUUGAGACGGUGUUUGAUGUAAUGGAGCUAGAUGAUGAUGAUAGGAAUAGAUUAUUACAGAUGACUGAUACUCAAAUGAUGGACAUUGCUAAAUUUUGCAAUCGUUAUCCCAAUAUCGAGAUGUCAUAUGACAUCGAGGACAAGGAUAAAAUUCAUAGUGGUGGUACAGUCAAUAUUGUUGUUCAAUUAGACCGUGAAGAUGAAGUCAGUGGACCUGUUGUUGCACCUUUCUUCCCUCAGAAACGCGAAGAAGGCUGGUGGGUCGUUAUUGGUGAUCCUAAAACAAAUUCAUUGCUGUCUAUUAAGAGACUAACAUUGCAACAAAAAGCUAAAGUUAAAUUAGAUUUUGUUGCGCCUGCAGCUGGACAACACUCUUAUACUCUGUAUUUUAUGAGUGAUGCCUAUCUCGGUUGCGAUCAAGAAUAUAAAUUUACACUCAACGUUGGAGAAUACGAAUCAGGUGGUAGUUCCCAUUCUGACUCAGAAUAAUUGUAAUAAUAAUAAAUUAAUUAUUAAGGUUUGUAAAAUAUUAAAAGAAAAUAUUCUGUAUUAGUAAUUUUUGUAAAACUAUUUUAAUUAUAUUUCAUGGUACAAUAAAGAAUCUUACAGACAUUACAUACAUUUACUUUCUAUAGAUGAGUGAUGUAAGGUUUUGUAUGUAGUGUACUAUAAUAUA